AUGGCCGAUCCCAAUAGUACGGCGCCGCCGCCGCAUGGCAGCACGACAUCACCCCCGGCCGCUCCCACGGGCAGACAACGAGCGCCUACGAUCACAAUAGACACAUCUGCCUCCGAUGCGAUGGAGCCCCAACCCGCACAUAACGCCGCCACAUCAAAUCCCUCUCCCCGAUUACAGCCCGCGCUGAACUUGGACACAUCUGCGACAAACCGAGAGGUGAAGGGAAAGAACAGCUUCGACAGCAGAGACUCACGGCCGACGAGUCCUCACAACGUCUCGUCACCGCAAUGGGGAACACCGCACGGCUUUCUCUCCGUUCCAACGGGCAGAAGUCGGGGGGGAAGCGUGGACACCGAUGAUGAUUCUGCAUCGACAUCAGACGUCACAUACGUCAGCACGAACAAGGAGAUUGCAGACGGCAUGCCAAAAGCAUUCGGCAGUCAGCAAGGCAGCACAGGACAGGACAAUGUAUUAUCAGAUGAGGAGGCUCUCAAGCCAGACCCGGGCACUGAAGCGGACUUCACAAGGGACAACAAUCCUUUUGCUUUUGCGCCUGGACACAUGACCAAGCUGUUGAAUCCUAAAAGUCUGGGUGCAUUUCACGCUCUGGGCGGUCUCGUCGGACUGGAGAAGGGUCUGCGGACAGAUCGUUUUACCGGGCUGAGUGUUGACGAGCAAGGCUUGGACGGCUCAGUUGCGUUCGAGGAAGCGACCAAGGUCCACAGCCCAUCAUCAGAAAAGACCGCGAUCGACGAGCCUCCCAUGGCUUCGGGAGGUGCAGACGCUGGGUCAGGGACAUUUACCGACCGACAGCGCAUUUUCGAGAACAACACACUACCGGAGCGGAAAACCAAGACCAUCUUCGAGCUGAUGUGGAUCGCAUACAACGACAAAGUACUUAUCGUGCUGACGGUUGCGGCAGCCAUCGCCUUGGUCCUGGGUGUGUACCAGGCCGUGGCAAACGGAGGCGUCGAAUGGAUUGAAGGUGUGGCUAUUAUUGUAGCCAUUGUUAUAGUGGUCAUGGUUGGCGCAAUCAACGACUGGCAAAAGGAACGACAAUUUGCGAAGCUGAACAAGAAGAAGGAUGCCAGGAAUGUGAAGGUCUGUCGAUCAGGCAAGACUCAGGAGAUCGAUAUCAAGACCUUGCUGGUAGGAGACGUUCUGCUUGUCGAGCCCGGCGAUGUUAUCCCUGUCGACGGCAUUUUCAUCUCUGGACAUGGCGUGAAGUGCGACGAAUCCUCCGCUACUGGAGAAUCGGAUGUUCUCAAGAAGACGCCAGGAGACGAAGUUUACCGUGCUAUGGAGGCGGGCGAGACGCUCAAAAAGAUGGAUCCGUUCAUGAUUUCUGGAGCCAAGGUCACCGAGGGAGUCGGCCGAAUGCUUGUCACCGCUGUUGGCAUCCAUUCAUCUUUCGGCAAAACCAUGAUGGCGCUACAGGAAAGCAAUGAUAUGACUCCGCUCCAAGCGAAGCUGAACAAUCUGGCCGAGUACAUUGCGAAGCUCGGUAGCUCUGCGGCGCUGCUCUUGUUCAUCAUUCUGUUCAUCAAGUUCUGCGCCCAACUGCCCGGUAGCAACGACUCGCCUGCCGAGAAGGGCCAGCAAUUUAUGACGAUUCUCAUUACUGCCAUCACGGUCAUCGUCGUGGCCGUUCCGGAAGGUCUUCCCUUGGCCGUCACUCUAGCAUUGGCGUACGCGACGAAACGUAUGCUGAAGGACAACAACUUGGUUCGUGUGCUGCGUUCCUGCGAGACCAUGGGCAACGCAACGACUGUCUGCUCCGACAAGACUGGUACACUCACGCAAAAUGUCAUGACCGUGGUCGCCGGGUCGUUGGGCACCUCGAGCCGAUUUGCCAGCCGUGCAAGCCGUAACACGGACGACUCGGAAAAGCCCGAUCCCAACAAAGACAUGAACGACAGCGUGCAAGACAUGAGUACAUCUGACUUCGUCGAGACCCUUGAUUCAUCCGUCAAACUUCUCUGGAAAGAUGCCAUUGCCAUCAACUCCACUGCCUUCGAGGCCGAGGACAACGGCAAGCAGGUGUUCGUCGGAUCCAAGACUGAGACUGCUCUGCUCGACUUCGCUCGUGACAAUCUUGGCAUGGACCGCAUCAGCACCGAGCGCAGCAACGCCGAGAUCGCUCAGAUGCUUCCUUUCGAUUCUGGCCGGAAGUGUAUGGCCAUGGUCAUCAAGCUCAAGGAUGGCAAGACUCAUCGACUUGUCGUCAAGGGUGCCAGCGAAAUCAUGCUCCGUCACUGCUCUGACAUUGUUCGUGAUGCCACCCAUGGCAUCGAUGCUGUCCCUCUUAGCGUUGAGGGCAGGGAGACUCUCGAGCAUCUCAUCGACGCCUACGCUGGCCGCUCCCUUCGUACCAUCGGCUUCAUUUUUCGCGACUUUGAGUCUGACGUUUGGCCACCUAAGGGUGUAAAGCGUGUCGAGGACGACAGGACGCAGGCCGAGUUUGCCGAUAUUUGCAAGCAAAUGACCUUCCUCGGAAUCGUUGGUAUCCAGGAUCCUCUGCGUGAGGGUGUACCGGAAGCCGUCAAGGACUGCAUAAUGGCUGGUGUGUUCCCGCGCAUGGUCACAGGCGACAACAUCAUUACAGCCAAGGCCAUCGCAACCGAGUGCGGCAUCUAUACCGAAGGCGGUAUCGCGAUAGAGGGACCGGAGUUCAGGACGAUGAGCAAGUCCAAGCAGAUGGAAAUCAUUCCUCACUUGCAGGUCAUGGCCCGUUCAUCCCCUGACGACAAGAGGACUUUGGUCAAGCGUCUGAAGGAGAUGGGUGAGACUGUGGCCGUCACCGGUGAUGGAACCAACGACGCGCCUGCUCUCAAGGCUGCCGAUGUCGGUUUCGCCAUGAACAUUGCCGGUACGGAGGUCGCGAAAGAGGCCUCGGACAUCAUUCUCAUGGACGACAACUUCGCAUCUAUUGUCAAAGGCAUCAUGUGGGGACGAGCUGUGAACGACGCUGUGAGGAAGUUUCUCCAGUUUCAGAUCACCGUCAACAUCACCGCUGUGGCACUCGCGUUCAUCUCUUCCGUGUCAAGCAACGACGAGGAGUCUGUCCUGACGGCUGUUCAACUUCUGUGGAUCAAUCUCAUCAUGGACACAAUGGCUGCGCUCGCGCUCGCAACCGACCCACCCAACCGCAAGAUCCUCAACCGGAAACCCGACAAGAAAUCCGCACCCCUUUUCUCCGUCACCAUGUGGAAGAUGAUUAUCGGCCAGGCUAUAUACCAGCUGACCAUCACAUUGAUUCUCUACUUCGCCGGCAAAUCCAUCUUUGGCUACCACUCCGACGAUCCAGCCACGAACGAACGUCUCGACAGGGAACACCGCACUUUGGUCUUCAACACCUUCACCUGGAUGCAGAUCUUCAACGCACUCAACAACCGCCGUCUCGACAAUGAGUUCAACAUCUUUGAGGGUCUCCGACACAACCUCUUCUUUGUCGGCAUCUUCUUGACCAUGAUCGGCGGUCAAGUCCUCAUCAUCUUCGUUGGCUCCUGGGAAGUGUUCCAAGCCCAACGCCAAACCGGCACGCAGUGGGCCAUUGCGCUCGUGCUCGGCCUCCUCUCUUUACCCAUGGGAGUCGUCAUCCGCAUGUUCCCUAACUCGAUCGCCACCAAAAUGUGCCCUCCGUUCCUUAAGCGUUGGGCUCAGAAGAAGCGCGACGCCCGCAACAAGAUCAUCAUCACGGACGAGGAAAACCCCGCCGACAAGGAUGCGUACGCGUUCAAUGAAGCGCUAUUCGAGAUCCAACAGGAGCUGUCGUGGAUGAAGAAGUACAAGGGCGGCCGCAUCAACUCGCUCAAAUUCACCAUCGCACACCCUAAGGAGGCAUUCCUCGCUUCUCGAUCACCCAGCAGAAGUCGCGCGAGUUCCAGUCUCCCGCGCACGCCUAAUAACGAACGUGAUUCGGACGACCACAACGCAUCACCUGGCCUCAACCCUCCCGCGACACCGGAAGGUCGUCGUAAGAGAGGCCGUUCACGCUCCAACUCUGCCUUUGCCGGUGUCGCCAUGGCGGGUAUCGUCGGAGGCUCCAUCGCCGGCGCGUGGUCGCCUAUCGAUCGACGAGAUGGCGACGACGCGGUGUCGUUUGGCGGCAAGGCGACGAGUCAGAGGAGUCGGUCGAAGAGUGAUGUGAGGAGGAGUGGCGAGGACAAGCCUUGA